AUGAAGCGAGCACAAAGCGAAGGUACCAGAGCUUCCGGUGGAGAUCAUGUGGAGAGAGGUAUAAAUGAGAUGAGUGCUAGUUCAGCUGUUCCCACAAGUGGUUACGCAACCAUGGCAGAGAGUACGGAGCCCGAUGUGCUUGCACACCCAGGAGCGGAAAACAAACCGGAGGAAGAAGAGCCCGAAAUAGACGCUCUCAUGUGGAUAAAUGAGACAUACCGACGGAUGACGGGCGACUGGACAGGGGGUGUCACGCAUAAGUUUACUCAGGACACAGCACAAAGGCGUACCAAAUCUGCCACGGGGUCACCACAGACUAGUGGUACCGUGUCACUGGGCCAGCUGACCACCGAACUAGACAGCCUGCUAAGAACGCAGGAACCGGUUGUCCAGCCAAUUGAAUCAAACGAUGAUGAAGCAAUUGCUCGGCUAUUUCUCUUCAGUGACCUGUCGACCGCAAAUCCGGCGGAAGCAAACGCACAAAUUGCAACCAUGCCCACACAAGUAGCGGUUUCAGAAUCCCUGUCGAAUGUUCCGACUGCAUCGGGUGAUGGGUCCGGUGGGCACAUUGUGUCCGAAGGGAAAAUCGCGAACCUUGUUCAACUAAUGACUUCACCAGUGCAUGCACCACUUCAGGAGACCCAGACACUGCAACCCAUCCUAUCGACCACUCAACCUGACCUGAUCAGUCAAGCAGAUACCGCCUAUGCAGUCUGCGCCCAACAGAACGGUGAACGCAGUCUAGGUAUCGAACUAGGCCAACCAGACACUCCACUACCGGGUCCCGGAACAUUGAACCCACCGUCGGCUCGGACAGCUUCUUCACAAAUGUGCCAAGCUUUCAAUGUUCCCUUAAAUCUGGGGACCAAUGGCAAUGUACAAGCUGUUUUAGACGAUCUGGAUCUGCGUGGACCGAACACAUUGUUCAUUCUGCCCACUGUGCCACCAUUUGGGUUGGACAUCAAUGCGGAGAAACAGCAGCAAAGUCAUACAGUCGAGUUGACCGCCAGUCGGCAGCUCUCUGAGGCGACCUCCGCGCACCCCGUCGCCGGAGCGCCAGGACAGUAUCAGGGAGCCGGACAAGCUGCGAGCCAAGGUCACGAACUGGAAAUGACCCGAAUCCACCCUUCCUACCAGCAUCCGUUCUCAAUGGAACACAUCACCACCCGAUCGAGCGCAUCAGUUCUCUCCGCAUACUCUGUCCCAUGCGCGCUGCAGUCGCAGAUGAAGCUCGAGGCUGCACCAUCAGAUCAUCCGGGGAGCUUGUCGUUUAGCAUCCAUCAAACCGAUACAGCACUUGCGGAUAAAAUGGUUGGCCGUACCUCGUACAAGCAACAGAUGCCAGUCUCCGGUGUCACCACAGUGGCCUACCCUGUCACGUCCUUCACGCAUAACCGAGGCAACGCAGACCGUCCGCAUGAGUUGGCUACGAGCACCCGUAUGGAUCAGUGGAGCUCCAGCGGGUCAGAUAGCGCUACAGGUGUCAUUUUAAGGCCGGACGUCAUCCAGUCCGGUGCUAAUGACCAACACAGUAGGCGACACAAACCCGGUUGCCCUCACUCAGCACCACCCACAACGAAUGAACAGCGGCUGUCACCAUUUCGGUCGACGGCAUACAACAGCCCAAUGCGCUUACCUUCGCUACCAUUAGACACACUUCCGGCGAGGCCAUCUCAUCAAAGGAUUAUGUUACCCCACACUUGUGGACAUGCUAAUGCGCUUUCUCGUUCGAUACCGUGUGGGGUACACCUCAGUGGCCUGGACAGCAGUAGCAGCAACAACGCAUCACGUAAUGUGCCCGAUUCCACCUACGGUUGUGGCAAACAUCAUGCUGGUCAUCCUGCUCACCGACCCAAUAUGUUAAAGAAAACGCCACCCGAGAUGAUAAGUCAAACAAAACGCACACGUUCGCGUCAGCAGAUGGCGGUAACACAGGCUGCUCAAGACACAGUGCUCCUGGAUGAUCUGGACACUGCCACUGGUAUGUUGGAGGAUGUUCCUUACGUGGUUCUGCAACGUCCAAAAUCGGUGGACGUGAAACAAUAUCAGCUCCAUUUACGGCGCCAACAACAACAUGCGGCUGCAUUGGCUGCAGCUGGUUACCCUUAUCACGGUGAAUCAGCGUUUUACGCUGCUCAGGUCCCAUAUCAUCAUGGCUCACGCAUGCCAAUCGCAGCUUCCGGAUACCCGUAUGCACCCUAUAUAGCACCUUAUCCUUCGCACCAUUCACAUCACCACCACGUCGCGGGGAAAGAAGUCAUGGCGCCGUCACAUCGUAGCGGCAGAUCUGAGCGCUCGUUGGCAUCAAAGCGUCAAUCAUCCACAUCACCGUACGGGAGAAGUGGACAUCCGGAUCAACCUCGCUUCAUCAAACAAGUACCGCACGAUACCACCUGCACAGUAUUUCCAGAUCCUUGCGUCCAUUCUAUGACGGAUAAGUACUGUGAACGGGAAAAACGCAAAGCAAAGCGGAGACACCCUCCACAAAAAGAGAAUACAUCAAAAGGUGAGGAGGAACAAACCAGAGUACGACCUGUGGAAAUCUCACCAGGACCGUCGAGGCUUCCCGAUACCACCCACCACCAUCAUCAUCAUCAUUCGCGUGGUAUUCGUGCGCUGGGUACAGUGGAUUCCACCACACAGGUACAUGUAUCCAAACCCUUGAAGGCCAAAAAUAUACCUCAUCCUGAUCAAAAGUUGGCAUCAGAAAGGGACGGUAAGGCUUCGGUUUCCCGUGAAGAGGCGACGGAUCAUACCCCGUCCCGAAUAAAAUCACCAAAGGAAACGCAUUCUUCAACCAAGCCAAGGAGAUCGCCAUCACAACCCGAAGACACUAGAGAAAAGGACGUUCCAUACCCGGUGUCUGAGAUUUUUUUCUCUCCAGUUGGUGGUACCGAGAAGUCCGUCACACGUCCAGCGAAAAUCCAUUUAAGCACACACCAUCACCCUGCUUGCGCAUCACUUCUGGGCCGUUCGCGAGCCCAUGUCCCAUGCGAUCGCCAAAUGCCAACUAAACUCGCCAGCUCCGAAUCUACACUUCCAUCAGUUUCCGUGAACCAAACACACACUGGACGAGGCAACCGAGAAGCGAAACAAGCUCCCAUUGGAUGGUCUGAGACCACUGAAUCUUUGCGUGCUACCGGUGGAAAAAAUGUAAUUCCAUCACACAAUCACCGGUUGACGUGCACUAGUAAAGAAGCAUCGAUCAAACACCGGCAAGAUACGCAAGAAACUAUUGAAAAGCUGCGAGAAGAAUUACGGUCGGUAAGCUUUCGCACUAAGGAAAGGUUAGGCCUCCAAGAGCAACCAGCAUCAUCCCCCGUGGGCGUCGGAAAAGGAAAGCCAAUGGAUUCCACUCAGCUAUUUUCCUCGGCACCUCUUGUUGACAAAAAUCGAGUGGGAGAGAAAGGAGAUGAAUUUCCAAAGCGCCCCCCGGAAGAACACCUGAAAGAAGUGCUACAGAGGCCUUUGCGUGUCACAGAGACAGCAGUGACCCAGGCUACGAGUGCUACCUCAGAGCUGGAUCAGCUUAUCGGAGGUCCUCCGCGUAACCCGGUCUAUCUUGAAACGGACACAGACUCAAAUGAAAAUGUGUAUCAGGACAAACCUGGAACAGAACAAAAGCAAGGGAAGACAAACAUUGAUGCUGCAUCGGUGAAACACGUUGCACCCGUUGGACCAGUUGUGGACCAUGAAGAACUACCUCACGAAAGUAAGGCCCCCAAUCUUUCCGUGGGCGGUGCAUCAGUAGAUGAUGAUCGUACAGAUCGUUCCCCGAGAUCCCACUCACCUUCGCUUCCUCUUUCCUUAAUACCUUCUGAAAGACAAGAUGUAGACGGAACGGAUGUGUCAUUCAGCACACAGACUAGUGUCCGAAGCUCUUCCGUGUCCUACUGUUCGCAGUGUGAGCUGGAUCAUAGCCACGGUAGCAGCAGCCCAUAUACGUCGCACUCUUAUUGCCGUUCUCAUCGGAGAAGCUGUGGUCACCAUUCUUGUCACAGAAGACGUCACAGAGCUUGUGUUUCUUCUCAUAGCGUUCACCGCUGUCACUCGUGCUCUGCCCACUGUCAUAGUCAUCGGCCUAGCCAUCGUCGCAAGCAUCACCCUCAUCCGUACCACUGGGUGACACAUCAUUCAGAACGAUCUGACCAUCACCACUACCGUAAGACCUUACCUGAGGUGGGUAGUCACAUGUUGGGCCGAUCGUUGAGUGAUAGACGCCGUCGCAAGCAUUACACCUCAUCGUCAGAGAGGAGCGAAUCGUCUUGUGCAAGCAAGUAUUCGGAGUCUUCCCUAAGCGAAGAGCUUCGAUCAUUGUAUGACUCGUCUUCUACGCGGCCCAAACGGAUCCAAUCUGUAAUCGACAAGCUGCUGGCACAGGAACGGAAGUUACGCAUCGAACUGUCCCGACAUCGAGCACUGGCCAAGGAACUGCGGCAAGAGAAACAAAAACUGAUGGAACGUGGUAGACAAAGUGGUGGUACAGAAGAUGGUGUUCCUCACAGUACCGAAAGCAGUGUUGACGGUAAAGCGAUUCACUCAAUCAAGGAACCCAAUCAUCUGAAAUUGCUGGAACCCAAAGUGUCGGGUCCGACUAGAAGACGCGCCGGCAAAAAAUCUGCAGGUUACAUUAUGGAGAAAAAGAAACCAUCCCUUACCGUCACGAGAACACGUCACUACCGCUUUCAUCCGACUGUUGUGGGGGUAGAGUCAACCAAGGCAAAGCAUGCUGGUUCACCGAAAAGCGAUAGUGUGGAAGCAAGAGAUGAUGAUCUGAUCAUAGAGAACGCAGUGGCUUUCACCAGCCUGCGGCAGGAUGGACAGGAUGUAUGCAAAAAACCAUCUCCGGAGGAAGCAAAACACAGCCCAGUUACUGAGUCAAAGUCUCCCGAAAUGGUAGCGGAAUCCACAGAAGUUAUCGUAACUGCUGAGGCAGCCAUCUGCGAGGAGGAAGAAGAAACAAGCGACACUGGCUUGGUGCUUGACUCCACAGAGGAGAUACACAAGUUUAUGGCUUCCAGCUGCAUAUCAACUCCAGUUUGGUCAGCAGAGCAUUCGAACGAGGUGUGGUGUGUAGCACCGCAGGAAGCCAUCCUACAACACGUCGUGACAUGUGAAUCGUCGGCCCCGCAUGCGUCACCGGACAGAGGAUCAUCGAGUGUUGGCGUUGACCAUGAAGAUACGUGUGACACGAGGAAAGCAUUUAUGGCUCCAGAGGAACCCACCAAAUCCCAACUGUCUUCCGUCAACCAUCUCAGUGAACUCAACCAGAGCGCAGAGGCAUCUGAUGGUGAAUACGAUGGAUCUCAUGCUAUUAACUUUCUCUCAGAGAUAAUCGAAAACGCCCUAGCCAUUUACGCAACCGAACAUUCUGACCCAUCCAACACGGACGGUUCUACCAGAGGUUCCUCGGUCUGUGACGAGGCAAGUGUGGAAACAGUGAAAGCGGCCCACACUCCUCGCAUGAACUCGCCCUCGGACUCCACCACAUCAGCGAGUGAGGGCAGCGAGGAAAUCGAACCGUUCCCACCUCCACCGCCGCCCGAACUAUUGUCCCGCGUGUAUCCAUGUGAGGAAAACUCAAUCACUCACACGCACCACAUUUUUUCAACCGGACUAGAUGGAGUGAUCGAGGAAGAAAGUGGCACGGUUGAAUUGGAAUCGGAUACAGGACUUACACAGAUGCAGGAAAUAGUUGAAUUGGAGGCCAGACUAGUUGAGGAGCAAGAAAAUCAGGCAUCGGAACUCGGAGUCAGUUACGGCGAGUUGCAGACCAUAGAAGAGCACGACACCGAAAGUGAAGAACGGGUCUACCGUGACAGUACUGCAGAAGUCGUAAUGUCGCAAGCGCCAAACGAAUCGGAGAAUGGCCAACUCCCAUCAUUAGUGCAAGAAGAGAAACCGGAAGCGAAUGAAAUGCAUGUUCUAUCUAUCGAAGAUGACCAGCACUCCACGCACACUCUCGAGACAAGCUCAGACGUAAAUUGUGUUGAAGUGCCGACGAGUAACACUGGGGAACAAAACGCGAGCCGUGGGCUAAACGGACCUGUGGAACAAGACGAGAUUAAUGGGGAAGAAGCUGAACCUCCAGAAACAGAGUAACCGUUCAGGAUUUUACUGAGUGUCGGUAACUCUGUCGCCCAAAAGCCGUACAACAAUGCUACAAUCCUUGCUUGUUCAUUUUAACUUUGAAUAACUCAGUUUCUCAACGACGAUUGGAUCGACGAACGUCAGGAAAUUGACUUAUUCUGUACAGCUCUCGCUUCCAAAUCAUGCCUCUUACACAUUGUAAUUUUUGUUUUAGUAGAGACCCUUUAAUCAUUCAUUUUGAGCUUUCACCAUACGAAGCCCCAGUGACGCGUCCUGGGCCCGGUUUUUAUCCGCCACAUUGAACUUCACCUUUGUGAUUUCGGUAGAUCUUAGUCACGCUCUUUAUGCGCAGUCCACUGUCAUUGCUUAUUGGUUACAUAUUCAAAAUAGACAGAUAUCACAU